AUGCCGCUGCCUUCCAUUCGCAGGACCCCUAUCGACGAAUUCAACCGUUCCCAGCCGCUGCUAACGCUCGCGUUCCCUACCCUCUACCCUGACGGCAAGGCCGACUUCGUGGAGCCUCGCCUACGGAGCAUCACGUACCAGGACUACCUUGGCCAUGCGAUGAGAUGGCAUGACGGACGUUUUGCCCGCCAUAAGACGUGGCCUUUCGUCGCCCUCAACACGCUGUUACAGGAAGCGAUGGCUGAGCCUGACGAGCCAGAGGCUCAGGACCUGAUCCAGUCGAUCACGCGCCAAGCCGCGGUAAUCAGGGGCACCCGGCCACCUGGCCUUUUCGUUACUGCAAAGUGGAAAGCAGCUCCUGAGGCGGCGCGCAUGGUCCUGUCCCGGCAACUACUGCGAGACAACGCCCACAUCGCCGCUUACCACUUCCAUAAGCGUUAUACGCUGUUUAGGACUACUGUCCUGAAGCAGAAGUUCAACCUAACGGACUUUUGGGGCCGUUACGAGUGGGGCGAGAGGAACGAUGGCCAGAUUAACCACUACAACCGCUUGCUUACCGUUGCGUGGCUAGCCAAUACAGAUGUUUCGCCCUGCACGAGCCUCCAGCAGGUAAUCGAUUACGCGGCCAAAUACUGCUCCAAGUCGGAAAAGAAGAGCGAGUCUUUUGCCCAGAUUGGGAAGGCUUUGAUGUCCCGGGUCAAGGACCACAACCCCCUGAUUUCCUUCACGUCAAAGCUCCUUAAUCAGCUGGUUGCUGAGCGGGAUUACUCGAAGCAGGAGGUCAGCCACUUGCUCCUCGGCCUGCCGUUACAGGAAGGCUCACGAACCUGCCUGGACCCUUCCAAGUGGAAGCAAUGGCAGCCAGGCAACGUUAACGAUGAUCAAUACGAGGCUCUGCCUGUGGAGGAAGAAUUUGAUGACGAAGACUGGAUUCGCCUCGCCGCCCUUUUACCUGACAACCCCCUUACCCAGGAGGAUCUUGACCUACUUGGCCGCCGCGAUAUCGACGUCAAUUACGACUGGACACGGCAUGUGGGUACUUAUCCGGAACUUCGAGACGGCUACUGGAAAGACCUUAUCGCUAGCCACCCCAUGGCCAACGAUGUCGAGGUCCUUGGCCCUCACUGGCGUAAUACGCUGAACCCACAACAACGGCUCGUGUACGACACAUUCAUGGGUCACUUCCAGGCGCAAAAUCCUACUCAAAUCCUUCUCCACGUUGAUGGCGGUGGUGGCACAGCAGCCGCCCUACCGAAUUCUAGCCCUAUUUGCCGCGUGGCGCCAACAGGCGUUGCGAGUAACCAGAUACAAGGCAGCACCAUUCAUUCGUUGCUACGCCUCCCAGUAGGUGGUACUUUUACCGACCUUCCCCCAGCCGACGCAGCCGCCCUUCAGUCCCGCCUACGGCACGUCAAAUACCUCGUUAUCGAUGAAAAGAGCAUGCUAGGGCUUGAGCAGCUCGCGCGGAUCGAUUCCCGUCUGCGGCAGGCCUUUCCACAGCGUAGCCUCGAGUUCUUCGGUGGUGUGAGCGUCUUGCUUGUGGGCGAUUUCUUCCAGUUACCACCAGUCCGACAGAAGCCCCUGUAUUCGACUAGCACCAGCCUGUCUUCGUUGGAAAGGAGAGGGCAGGUGGCCUACCGGCUAUUUGACCGCACCGUCUUCCUGACCACGGUACAGCGCCAGGUUGGUGAUGACCAGGCCCAGUUCCGUCAGGCGUUACAGGAACUGCGUGAAGCCAGGUUGACGCAGAGCGAGGUUGACGGCUUCAGGACCGCUUUGCGAGUGUAUUCUACAAAGGCCCGGGUCGAGGCAAAGAAUCAAGGCAACGGCGCGGGACAGGCAUCAAGCGACAGUGCUGGCAACCUAUCUAACAAGUUCCCUGUUGCUAAGGGCACCAGGGUGAUGCUCACGACUAAUCUGUGGCAGCCAGCUGGCCUAGUUAACGGUGCUCAGGACCCCCCAGCCGUUAUUAUGGUGGACUUUGAUAGCUACGACGGACCGCCGUAUCUAACAACUAACGAGGGCAGGAAAAUCUCACCCAUCCUCCCAAGCCUAACGAAGGAUCAAAUAGUUACUGAUCUCGCUACACGCGACUUCCAGGCCGGCAUUAGCUAUGUUGCUGUCUCACGGGUUACGUCGCUGCAAGGCUUACUCCUUGAGGUGCCUUUCGAUCGUCAGAGCCUCUAUAACCACACGCCGACGGAAGGGAUGAAGAUGCGCCUCGCUGACCAACAACGGCGUCAGGGUCAACAGCUGACCGACCCACCAUAUCCACCACGCUACCUUGACUAA